CGACCUCACAAGUGAACCAACUUUUACUGUGUCAACGUCUCCGGCGUCGUGUGGUCCGUUUUUGGGCGCAAUUUGCGGAAAAAGAAGAGAAUCGAUUUGCGCCACAGUUUGGCUAACGCGUGCAAUUGUUUCUUGUUUGUGCUGUUGAUCACCUUUGGUUAACUCUCCACUCCCACCAAUAAAAGAAACCAUGAAGCCAUUCACUUUCGGUGUGUUUGUCGUCGCUGCUGCCCUCUGCGUGGCCAACGUGUUUGCUGCGGACGAGCCUGCGAGCACCAAGGACAGCAAGGAUGAGGAGGGUGUCAAGAUCUACAAGCGCCUGAUUCCGGCCGACGUACUCCGAGAUUUCCCCGGCAUGUGCUUCGCUUCAACCCGUUGCGCCACCAUUGAACCCGGCAAGUCGUGGGACCUCGCUCCGUUCUGCGGCCGCUCGACCUGUGUUGUAUCCGAGAGCAACCCAGCCCAACUGCUGGAACUGGUCGAGGACUGCGGACCGCUCCCACUGGCCAACGACAAGUGCAAGCUGGAUACGGACAAGACCAACAAGACCGCCCCCUUCCCGUACUGCUGCCCCAAGUUCACCUGCGAGCCAGGAGUCAAGCUGGAGUACCCGGAAAUUAAGCCCUCGGAUGCUUCGGAGGAAAAGAAGAACUAAAUGAUCUGAUAAACAAAACUAAAGCUAAUUUUCCCUACACACAGCAUGAGAAGAACAACAAGAUAGAAACCAACAAGACCUUAAAGAUGCAUUCCGGUGUACUUUUUGCCCUUUUUUAUGUACAGAUGUGAACCGUAAUCUUGUAACAUCGUAAGGCUAAGCUAAAAUAACGGAGAAAAUAUGUGUAUUAUCGAACAAGAAACACACCAUAUACCUAUUAGUCAAGUAUGUGAUAUUAGAAAUAUGUAUUUAUCUGAAAAAGUACUAACUUUUGAGCUCGUCCUUCUCGACAACGUUCCGUGUUUUAUGGUUGAAAAUUCUCAAAUUCAUAAUGUGUUGACCCAUAUUAAAAAUAUACUCGUUUCUAUUUCAUUCAGUGUAAGCAAUACUUAAUUUUGUUUGAUCAGUUCGAAUUAUGCAGAUUUUGAAAAAAUAAAGUUCUUAGUUUUUCAGUAAA